CUUCUCAAGUAUCCUUGAAAAGCCAUUGAUCUUUGUCUUUUCAAGGGAAUAUUUUUCCAAUACUUUAUUCUUGAAGCCUUUGUUAAUCACUCGUGAAAAAUCUAUUUUCAGUGCGUCUGGGAAACCGUUAAAAGCCGCCAAUGUUCUGACUGUAUAUGCUGGAGUGAAACCGUAUCUGAUUUUUACUGGACGGAUCGUAUCUUCGUACUCAACAAUGCAACGCAGGUUAUAACUGAUCGAGUUAAAACUAAGCCGUAAAAAUUCUAUAAAAAUGGUGUCGAGGCGUCGUCUAAUCUAUUAUACAAUUCUUUUGACUUCUUUCUUUUGGAUCUUUGGGACUAUAGCAUUCUUAUUUCUCCAAUCAUUGGAGGUUAACAUCGAAGUCAAACGCAAAAAACAAGUGGAAUACUUCAAUAAGCCGGACUGGAAUAUCAAAGUGGAAGAUUUAGAAUUAACACCUCCACCUAUCCCUGCACCAAGGAAACAUCCUCAAAAGAGAAAUAAAGUCGAAGGAAAACCAUCGCUUAAAGUGCCUAAAAAAAUAAUCUACGCUGCAGCCGAAUAUGAACAUUAUCCCCCGGGAGCGAAACUCGAUGGGCCCGGUGAUGGAGGCGAAGGGGUGACAGUAAGUUCAAAGCUCAAGAAGAAGGAAGAAGAAGGGUAUGAUUUACACUCGUUUAAUCUGGUAGCUAGCAACAUGAUGUCUUUUCAUAGAAGGCUUCCGGAUUAUAGAAAUGACGUAUGUAAGAGCAAGAAAUAUCCUAUUCACUUACCCAAAAGUAGUAUAAUUAUCUGCUUCCAUAAUGAAGCUUGGUCGACAUUAUUAAGAACAGUACACAGUGUUAUUAACAGAACACCACCACGACUACUAGAAGAAAUUAUUCUCGUUGAUGAUUUUAGUGAUAGAGAUGAAUUAAAAGAAAAGCUAGACAAUUACAUUUCAAAAUUAAAAAUCGUUAGAAUUAUUCGCCUUCCAAGUCGUCAAGGUCUCAUACGUGCAAGACUAAAAGGUGCUGCAGCAGCUAAAGGGAGUAUUCUAACAUUUUUAGAUGCUCAUUGUGAAUGUACUAAGGGUUGGCUUGAGCCACUGGCUGCAAAGAUUGCCCAGAACCCUUCAAAUGUAGUAAUGCCAGUAAUAGAUGAAAUUAGUGAUACAUCAUUCUACUACCAUGCCGUACCUGAACCCUUUCAUCGAGGGGUGUUUCGGUGGAGACUAGAAUUCGGCUGGAAGCCUGUACCUCAGUAUGAAAUGGAAAGGAGAAAAGAUGAGGCAGAUGGCAUAAGGACUCCAGUUAUGGCGGGUGGUCUAUUCUCUAUUGAUAGAAAAUAUUUUGAAAAAAUUGGUACCUAUGAUACUGGAAUGGAUAUCUGGGGCGGUGAGAACAUAGAGAUAUCUUUCAGGAUAUGGAUGUGUGGUGGCGCCAUCGAGAUGCUACCAUGUUCUAGAGUUGGUCACGUCUUCAGACCACGAUUCCCAUACUCCUUCCCAGCUCGACCGGGCCACGACAUUGACGUGGUCAGUAAUAAUCUAAUGCGGGUGGCAGACGUGUGGAUGGACGAAUAUAAAAAGCAUUUUUAURAUAUCCGAUUUGACUUAAAAAAGAAGAAACAUGACGAUGUGAGUGAAAGACUUGACCUGAGGAAGAGAUUAAAAUGUCAAAGUUUUAAAUGGUAUUUGGAUAAUGUCUACCCAGAGUUAGAAGUACCAGAUACUAAUUAUAAAGCUGCUGGACAGGUAAGGAUAAGACACUAAAGAAUCCGCGUCACGACAUCUGCUUGGAUCGCGGGCGCAGCGGUAACGAGUACGCCAAAGUCAAACCAUGUGAAGACAGCCAAUCACAGGUUUGGGAAUUCUCCAAGACUGAGGAAAUGGACGACUAAGUUGAUUACUACACGACGCAAGAGCUGGUUAAAUUCAUAGUACCGACUCGGACAUAGGCGAACCAAUCGCCUUUGCAGAAGGUUUCUCAGUUAAGUUCAAAUCCUGUCUCUCAAAAACAACUUUAUUCUAUUUUAUUUCCCAGGACAUGAAAAUAUUGAAGCAAUUUAUGAUUCAUAUUCUAGCUAAUGUGUUGAGCUUGUGGGACAUAGCAACGGUAACUAAGUGGAGUCGGURCUAUGAAUUUCUCUACACGAGAGCUGUCUGUUACGGCCGAGGGCUUCUUACCACAAGAAGCAAUACAUGAAAUACUUGCAAUCAUUUGGCGCCACUUUUCUUAUUCCAUCUAAAAACUUUGAUACGAUUUGCGACGAUAGAUACUUCAUGUAGUACUCAAGCUAUAAAUUUGUUAAUAUUGAUUAAUAGAAAGGACAGUAUAUGAUGUACAUGAAGUGCUAUCCAGAAAUAGACGUCUUUGCGUAUGUUUUCCUACUUCAGACCACGUGUCAUUCUCUAGAGUAUUAUUUCUUYGUUUAACGGGUGCGCUUCAGAAGACACAGUGAAUAAGGUCGCAUCUCAAACAGAGAAUCCUAUUCUCAAGAGAAUGACACGUGUCUGAAAUGGGCAAACCUGCCCGAACUAGAGGUCUAUUGCACGAAAGAUCAUUCCUGAAUUAUACACCUCAUCUUGUAACAGUUUACGUCACACACAUAGAAUAUGUCAUUUUCUUAAAGACAGCUUUAUUUAAUAAACUUCAUACUUUGAUAGUAA